AAUAUCCCUCUCCUAGGGCAAUAUCGCGCACCCCCCGACAAGGGCGCAUCGGCAUUCUUUUAACCCCAAAUACAGGCGGACUACAUCUUCGACCCGGUAUUUGGCUCCCCCAUUAUAAUGGCUGGCCUUAUGCUGGUUUUUAGAGGGGACACAUGCCUAGUUUUUGCAGCGACAAACUCUCAAGCUUCAUGUAACCAUCACACGCCGUCGCUGAUUCUCAGUUCUGCAGUUGUUGAACCUUCGUCAAGGUUCACCAACUUUCGAUCAUGUCUACUGCUUUAUAUGCGCAUGUUUGUCUGUACACUUACAUCUAAGCACGUACUCCUAAAAGCAAUGGGUUGGCAAAUACCAAGUGCUUGCUGUUGUAGACCUGAGAGGUCACAUCAUCCCCUGGCCUUUGUCGUCUCGACAGUUAUGAAGAGUAGUGCUUUAGGCAAAAGAUCAGGCAAGCCUCGCAACGCUUGUUUCGGUAUCUUGCAGAGAAAACGUUUCUCCAAACUUCGAUGAUCUACGAGGCUUGUUUCUGGGAGGAGUCAAUCGAAAGGGACCCAUGUGGAUAAGUCAUACUCCUCAAAUCAUAGCAUCUUCAGUGCUCGUUAAUAAUACGGUUGAGU